CGUAUGUCAAUGUAAUGUAAUCGUUGUAAUUUUCCGUUUAAUUCGAUUACAAUCAUACGUACUAUGCUCUCUUUGUCUUUUACUGUCUACUAAUUGUAUAUAUGAUUUGAUGGAUAGCAGAGAAAUUUAAGUAAAUUACUAUGUCUGGAGUAAAGCAAGUACGAAACAAAAAGCUUCUCCCGGAUUUGCGUAAGGAAGGCGAACUCACUAAAGAAAUAAUAUUAUCUACGAAGGAGAAACACGGAGUUCCUGUGACGUCUAGACUUUUUUCUCAUCACACCUUAGCGAGCGUUAGAAAACUAAGUUUUUAUUUUCCAUAUAAUUUGCCAGACGACAGCCUGGACUUUAUUUUAACGUCCAAAUACAAUCACUCGACGGAGCAAUUUGCGGAUAAAGUCGACGUGUUCCUGCAGCCUGAGACGAUCGGAUGCGAGACCUGGCGACGACUUCGAAACACCUGUGAUAAAUUACCAAGCAGUGGAGUCCCAAUGGGCCAUCCUUUGAGACGAGGCGGUAUUCACGAGCGUCGGUCGCCCUUCAGCGUAAAGUUGAUGAAUUCUGGAGUUCACUCAUCGCAAACCAACCCUGGGUUCAGCAGGCAGCCAGCUGGUGGAGCCAUAUUCUUCUACUAAUUGAAUUAUUAUACGUUCUAAAUAUUCUGUGUUGUUUCAAAACUGUUUUUAAAUUUAGAAACGAUUUUUUUGUAAACGCGUUUAUUAGAAUGUGUAAAGAGAAGUUAAUUUCCGAACGUUACUUUUGGUUUUUCUUUUGGUAGA